AAAAUUCAAUUGUACUUCGCCGCCUCGUCCUCUAGAUCACACAGGUAGUACCGUGGUAUUAUACGUUCCGCCACAAUAAUUUCAAAGUUAAAAACUUUUAGCGCCUCCAACAGGUGGCGUCCUAUUAUCUAGCCCUCUGCUCGUCAUUACGUUGUAUUGUGCGUUCCUUGCAACAUCGCGUCUCUCGUUGUUAAAAGAAAAAUGAGUUCAUCGUCAGGAGAAAAUUCAUCAUCCGAGAGUGACCGUCGUCAUCAUAAGAAGAGGAAAAGGAGCUCAUCGAAAAACAUCGAUCGAAAAAUAAAGAAGGCGAAAAAAGAACUUAAGAAACUCAAGCGUGCUCGAUCACGCACUCGCGCGAGUUCAUCGUCAUCAGCCAGUUCACGAUCAGUGUCGCCUAAAACGGUAAGAUCAAACAAGAGGCAUAGCCCGAGAGGCAAAUCUCCUCUCCCUUACAGGAAAAAAGACGGACACGACAAACGAUCUCGAGACCGAGAGUCCAGAUCGCCCGGAAGGCGAAGUAAAGAACGUACCCCGCGAGGGACGCCGUACUUCAGUCCCGGCAAGAAACAGCGAGAGGUUAGUCCUAGAGAUAACCCAAGCACAGUUUCAGGAAGUCGCUCGCGAUCCAGAAGUUUUUCCCGUUCUCGAUCCAUAACCCCAUCAGGAAAUUCGUCAAAAAAUUCGCACCGUUCACAUCAAAAAACAAAUCAAGAUGGCGGCGAAAACGUGGCCAAAAAAGACGCCAGUUCUCUGUCGGUAACAGCUGAAAACUCAAUGCUAAUGUUGUUAGGGGAGGGCGCGCCAGAGGACGCGCAUCCCAGCGAACCGAUACAUAACACUGUUGCUGAUCUGUGGAUAAAAAUAUUACAAUUUGGAUUGCCGCCAGAUGCCUCUAAAGCGCUAAUAAAAAAAUAUCAGCUACCAGAAAACUGUUUGCUGAUGGGAGCGCCUCAGCUGAACCAGGAAAUAAAAUCUGGUAUGGGAGUGACAGCCUUAAAAAAGGAUCAACACCAAGUGACAGCUCAAAACAAACUCGGUGCUGCGAUUAGUGCCUUAGGUCAAGUAUUAACAGUAGUGCUACAAAUUAAAAAAGAAUCUAAAGAUCUUGACGCCGCUACAUUGGUGAGCAUAUUUUCGACAUUGUGUGACAUCGGCAGAAUAUUGACCGAUAUCCAGCAUGGCCUGUCGAUGACGCGGAGGUCAUUUAUAGUGCCGACGUUUAGCAUCUUGUUAAAACAAAUAGCCGAUGUAACGCCAGUGGACACUUAUCUUUUUGGCGAAAACUUAUCGGAGAAACUUAAGUCUGCGAAGGAAGUGGAGAAGUCCGCGAAAGACAUCACCAAAUCCAACCAAAGUUCAAGUAAAAGUUACGUGAACAACAAGGAGAAGUUUGCGGGGCCGCCAAAAAAUAAGAGCAAUUUAAACUACAAAACCCCCUCCUCCAAGAAGAACUAUCCGAACACGAAUUUGAGGAAGAGGGGGCAAGAAUCGAGGACACCACGCAACCAGCCAUAUCGUCGUCAAAGGACCCAGUGAGAUCUACAUCCGCUUCACCACAGCCUUUCCCUGGUAGCAGCUCGCUUAUCAGGGACGGUUUCAAAAGCAGAGGUGCGACAGAGGAGGCUGCAGAGAUAAUGGCGAAAUCAAUCACGGAGAAAACCAUGAAGC